GCCAUUUGGCUGGUAGACGAAAAUGUUAAUUUUGAAGCCUGGUUGUACUGCCCAAACGCUGAAUGUUGUUUAGUUUUUAGUCGUGCUGAGACAUUUUGUCCUACCAUCAGCACCGUACUGUAUGUCCUGCGUCACAUGACCACCAGCAUUUCCUGUUACACUUCCAUGUUUUUCGCCUCAAACACAAACCGUAAUGUAAACUACAACGGGCGGAAUAGUCACUGUCGUGUGAUCUGUCGCACAUAGAAAGUUAGAGUGUAACGUCGUGUCGCGUCGCUGCAGCUGGCGGAGGUGCUGGUCCGGGGCAACAUGGCCAACUGUGUGGCUUUCCAGAGCAAGCUAACCUCCAUCAUGGAGAUGCUAGCUAAAGCUGCCGUGGUGGAAAUCAGCCAGCUGUGGGAGGACGGUUUCGCCCUCGUACAGGUCGAGCUCCGCCGGAGGGAGAGCGAGAUUGAAGCCCUGAACAGAAAGGUGAUGAUGAUGGAAAACGAGCGGUUAACGGUGCUGUCUCAGGCCCAGACUAACGUUACCAAUCCGACCUCAUCAUCUUCCUCCAAGAGAGAGCAGCAGACCCAGCUGCUGCCGCCCACCGGUGAUGGGCCGAUUAUAGAUUCAGUCCAGACACUGUCUUGUGAUCAGAGCAUCAGAGAGAAGGCGGACACCUCAGCCAAUCACAGAACGCCACCGCCAUCCCAGACGGAAGAGAAACAGUGCGAGCAGCUCAAGUCCGGCGCGUGUGAAAGCGACGGCAGAGACGACGACGACGAAGACUUGAUAGUCAAGCUAGAGGACGAGGACGACGUCCAGAUCGUGGAGCAGACGGUGGACUCGGAUCCCAGCGUCGGCGACGGAGCGGGGCACCACGAGAUGGAAGUGAACCUCCAGCCCGCCGAGGUUAUGGAAGAACAAGAGAGCCAGCAGUGGUCGUCGGUUUCGGUGGGAGACAGCGACACCGCCGAUGACUCGGACUGCUUUUUUGAGCCGAAGCAGCUGUCCCAAAAUCUGGACUCGGAAAUCCUGCUCAUUCAGAAUGCUUUGGACAUUUUUGAUCAUUCGGCAGAGACGGCGUACUCUGACAGGUUUGCGAGGGACAAUGGACAAGGUGCGUCAAGUAAAUCAAGAGCUCCUGUGACUUUUAGCCAAGCUCAGCCAAGUCAGCCCAUAGAAGCAAAUAAUCACCCCGAGAGAGGAGUGUCCAUCAGAUUCCUCGCAGAGAAACAACCCCAAACUAAAAACGCGUCGGCUUUUAACCCGGACGGCAGAUUCUUCCUUUUAAACGACCCGGAGCUGCAUAAAACGAUAGCGAGUCGCCGCAUCAAGGAGAAAUGGUUCAUCUGCCCGUUCUGCGGCAAGAGCUUCGAUCGCGUCAGCCACCUGGAGAUCCACCAGCGAAUCCACACCGGAGAGAAACCGUACACAUGCGAUACGUGUGGCAAGUGUUUUUCUCAGAGGAGCAACCUUCGCACUCACCAGCGGACUCACAAAGAGGCUCUAUCCCAAAAUGCAGUUUGAUUCAAUAGGUUUUGAAUUUUGAGUGAGAAAAGCUAGAAAUAUCUGUGUGGCAUUCAUGUCUAGAUUAAAGGUGCUCUAAGCGAUGUCACGCUAAAACAGUUUUUUUUUGUCACAUACAGCAAACAUCUCCUCUCUAUCCGCUAUCUGCCUGU